CGUCACCGGCCUCUCUGGCAAUAGGCUGCGAGCUGAGCUCCCCGAAGCGGCAGCAGCGGCGGCGGCAGCGCGGCUUGGUCUCUGGCCCCUUCACUCCGCGCCUUCUGCAGCCGCCACUGCAGCCGCGCGGCGGGGCUCCCUCCCUACAGCCAGCUGGCAGCCCCAGCCUGGUGCCUUGGCAAAGGAAAAGGGCGCGCGGACACGCGUUCGAGGCGGGUCCUGAGAGGAUCUCCGGGGCUCCGCUUGCUCCCCUACGGGCUUGCUUGCCCGCAGUUGCUCCCUCAGUUCUUCGCUCGCGCGCGCAUCCACUCCCACACCAGGGAGUUGUUUUGGGUGGCGUGGGCUCCGUCCUCUUCCUGGCCGGUGGGAACGGUGUGCCCAAGAGAGGAAGUCUGGUGGGCCCAGCCCCUCCCAGCCCAGCGCCGAUGAGUGCCAGGGCGCCCAAGGAGCUGAGGCUGGCGUUGCCGCCGUGUCUCCUCAACCGGACCUUUGCUUCUUCCAACGCCAGUGGCAGCGGCAACGUGAGUGCCCGUGGCCCGGGCGCAGGCGGCGGCACCUGCAUUACGCAGGUGGGACAGCAGCUCUUCCAGUCCUUCUCCUCCACGCUGGUGCUGAUUGUCCUGGUCACCCUCAUCUUCUGCCUCAUCGUGCUGUCCCUCUCCACCUUCCACAUCCACAAGCGUAGGAUGAAGAAGAGGAAGAUGCAGAGGGCUCAGGAAGAAUACGAGCGGGAUCACUGCAGUGGCAACCGCAGCGGCAGGGGGCUGCCCCCGGCGGGCGGCCAGGCCCCAAACCAAGUAAAAGAAACCCGGCUGGAGAGGCAGCCCCGGGACUCGGCCUUCUGCGCCCCCUCCAAUGCCCCCUCCUCUUCUUCCUCCCCUGGCCUCGAGUGCCAGGGUCCCUAUGCUCCCCCACCUCCACCACCUGCCCCCAGUCCUCAAGGAGCACACGCAGCCUCCUCCUGUUUGGACACAGCUGGCGAGGGCCUUUUGCAAACGGUGGUAUUGUCCUGAUUGUCUAGCCCCUGUCUUCUCCCCUUCCUUGUUUCCAGCAUCUUUGCCGUCCUCGCUUUCCCCCUCCGUCCUCAGUCUUUCACUUCCCUCUUGCCUCUUUCCUCUUCCUUCUUUCCUUAUCUGCCCCCCACCCCUUACUGUUUCUCCUCCGCCGAGGCACUGUGCGGUAUUUGUAAAUAUUGGGUGAGGAAAGUCUCGGAAGAAGAAAUAACGCUGAUAAUAAUACUUUAUUAUUAAUAUUUAUAGUAAUUAUUAUAAUACUAAUAACAAUCCAAGCGCAUGACAAAUCACAUAAUUUCUCAUUGUCAAUGAAGGAUGCGUCUUCCCUCUCCACCCUGCGCCCCCCACAAUAAGGAGGAGAAACCGCACAAGCUACCAAAUAUAUAACAGGCAUUGACCCCGGAGCGAAGGGAGUGGAGGGGGCCCGGUGUGUUGUACAUAGCUGUCAGGUUAAGGUUCAGUUACCGUCCUUCCCCUCCACCCCCACUAAGCUUUCACUUUUCCUUCAGCUUCCCUCCCUUCCCCAUUCCCAUCUUCAGCCAGGCUCAGGCAAAAGUAUAUUAUAAAGAAAACGUCUGCAUUAAGCACCAGGACUACAAGAGAGGUCACAGAGACAGUCCCAGAAAAACGUUUAUGACAGGUACCGCUCUCCAGUCAGCCCUCUUCUCACCCCUGUGAACCACACCCUUUUCCAGGAACAGGCAUUUUAAUUUACUUUUAGAUAUGUCCCUCGCUGGCCGAGCAUAAGUACAUUAAAAAUCUUUGAGUUUAAAUAAAAAAUAAAAAAAGAAUCUACCGCUUUAGCUUCCUGUCCCGCCCCCACCUGUACACCUUUGACUUGUGGCAUUUUCAGGAUUCACAAAGGAUCCGGGAGCUGUCCAGCCAGGUGUGGUGCUGAAAUUGCCUACUGAACUGGUUACUUUUUUUGGUUGUGCAGGCCAAGGAGGGGCUGUUUUGGAAAGUGACUAUUCUAGUUUUUUGUUGGUUUCUUCUUUUUCUACAAUCGGGUUUGUGUGUACUAUCGGUUUUCUUAUUAUUAAAUAUUGCAUAAAUUACCUUUUUUUGUAAAGAAAAAAAUAUAUAUAUUAGGUGAUGUCCAGUACUGAAAGUGCAGUAUCUAACAAACCAGAAUGUUUCUGUUUAACUUUUAGAACAAGUACACCUUUGUUAUAUACUUAUUAUAUUGGUACCACAUACAGAAGCAAACUAUAGUUCUGUUCUACGUCCUCCAAACUGUAUAUUGUUGUUCUUAAUUUCCAGCUGUUGGUAUAAUGGUUACCACUGGAUGAGGAAUUCAGUGGUGCAGGCCUGGCUUCUGCUGUUUCCAGAAGUGUUAUUUUGUAUCUUACUCUGUAGUAGACUGUUAUAAAAAGAUAACAUAUAUGUUUUCUUUUUUCUUUUGCAAAUAACAGAAACUACCACAACAGAAAAAAAAAAUGGAUGUGCAGGAAUGCCAUCUAUUAAAAUAUGGUUAAUAUUUAAACAAUGCCUGUAGUCCUCCCUGCAUGCAGUUACCACCUGGAGGCAGUGGUGUGUAUGCUUGCUUGUACUGUAUGUGUUUGGAGGUGAGACUGGUGGGGAUGUUGGGCAAUUUGGAUGACAGGACAUGCAAAUUUUAAGAGAAGUUAAACCCAGUAACUACUUGUAGGAUAAAAAUGUUUGCAGCUUGUUUAGUUAAAAACCUGUGCUUGUAUCUGAUAUGUGAUAAAGGAAGGGUUAUCUUUCACUUUCUGAUUCUGGUUUACCUAACUUCAAUGAAUACAUGAAGAAAGGCUGAGAAAAAGAAAAUUGAGAGAAGAAGAUAAAUUUGCUUCUGUUCUUUCUCCUAAUGCCAGACAAGGACAUCUAUGCUAGAAAUGGAAUCCACCAAUGGUUAUUUACUACUUUGUUUUCCCUGGAUUGAUGAUAGAAGGAACCAGAAGCAUAUUACAAUCUUAAUUAUAUGCAGUGGCAUCUUUUCUUGGAAACCAAUUUUCCAACAGUUAUUCAAAUGUUUGGAAAAUGUAUGAACUAGAAUGUUAUACAAAAAGUUCAACCAAAACUGCCCAUACUAACCUGCAGAGUGUAAAGCAACAGCGCCCUUAAGUGCAUCCCUCUCCCAAGUAACUAGUAGUUCUAGAGUCUUUGUCUUGGUUCCAGGCAUAUGUGCUUUUUUCCAUAGAAAAUAUUACCUCUGAGGUUUUAGGUCAACUAUUAAUAUUAAAUUGCCCAAGCUCAGUUUGCAUCUUUAAUAAAAAUAAUUUAAUAAGCUUAAUUUUAAUUGCCCAUUAGAUAUUCACUCAAGUCCUUUCCUGAAGCACAGAGGAUCAUCAUUUAAGCAUGCCAUGUUGUAAUAUUAGGAAGACCAGGUAUAAUCUUUGGGUACAAUAUGUUCAACAAUGAACCAGAUUCUCUCCAGUGCCUUAGUCACUUCCUAGUAAUAGAUAAAAGAAUGCAUUAACUCCCUCAGGCCACUAGGGAAUCCUUUAGUGCAUCAGAGCUAUACAUUGUACAUCAGAAUGACUAAGGCACUGUGAAGAAGAAAGUCCAUUAAGUUUUGUAGCUCACCCUCAUCUGGCUGUAGCUCUUUAAUACCUUAUUACAGGAUGACUUUUGGACUUGAAAUUUGAUAGAAUCAGGGACUCAGAAAGGAGCUUUCUCAUUUCUGAUGAGCUCCACUAAGUGCAUGAAUAUUACUUUCUCCCCUUUAUUUGGUGCACUUUUUACAGUGAAAAAUUUCCCAUUUUAUUAAAGCAAUAAGAUGUUCUGUUGUGAGCAAUGCUGGAUGAUGAUUCCAUUUCCUUGGUGCUGAAGCUACUCAUACAUUCUUGCCUUAUGAAUCAUAGUGCAUUCAAGGCAUGCAAUAAUAAUCCCUUUCCAACAAGCAGCCUGUACACUCUAGGGGGUAAUUAUGAAAUUGUCCUAUGUAAUUUCCGUCCAAAGGAAAGAAGAAACAGGAGAAAUAAAAAAGAUUAUGCAUAUUGUGUUAAAAAUAUCUUGAUACCUCCAAACAUGGGCACACAUCCAUAAUAUGCUCUUAUUAUACACCUUUAAAUAUGUGUGCCUUUCUCCAUUAAUUGACUAUGGCUUAAUAUUUUUAAUAGUGGUUUGUGUAAAGAUGAUGUGGUUUGUGAGUCAGAUGUCACUCAGAGUUUAAUAUACUCAGACCCCUAAGCUUCUGAGUCUUGAGACUUUUUGAGAUAGAGAAUUAUGUGAAAUUCUAGUAAUGCCAGUCCCCCACCAAAUUAUUGCAAUAAGCACAUAUCUAAGCAAUUUGCACAGAUCUUGUUUAAAGCAUUGCAUCUUACAGAGCUCAACUGAUAGUCUCAGGAGUUUGGGAUGCUACCAACAGGGCAUUUUGGAUUUCAUUUAUGUGAAACAAAAGGCAAUCUGGAAAUAGCUAAAUUUAUUUUUAAAAUUUUAUUCACUGAUGUCCCGUCAAACUAAUUGCUUCAAAUCCCUAUAGCUACAGCUCAACUUCUGCACUUGCUAUUCAGUAUUAAUAAGGUGGCAUGCUUGAUUCUUAUUGUUUUUAAAAAUGAGAACAUUGGAGAAAGAAUACCAUUAUGUUAACUGUAUUGGACUCUGAAUCUUAAAGAUGUAGAUGGAUAUAAUCUUCUUUAGAAUUUAUAUACACCCAUAGAUAUGUAUUUAUAUAUACAUACAUUUUGUACAAAUUUACAAUGGACUUUUUGUAUUCUCUUUUCUGUCAUUACAAGAAUGAGAUGGAAACCAAAUUGUUGUUCCAUCCUCUUAUCCAAAGAGGAUACUGAGAAGUCAGGUAUAUGCAUGUACUUAUUUCUCUGGGGUCAAAUCUGAAUGACUUUCUCUUUAUUUAAUGAAAGGGGAGAGUCCUGGUUGGCUCAGGAAGUUGGUAAUUAGAUAAGCUUCCUUUCCUAGUUAGUGACUCAAAUGUAGCAAUGAUAAUGAACUUAUGACCAUAUCUAUGUGGUCUUACUAUCUAGAUGGAAAGCAAAAAUAUCUAGAAGAGGUUUAGGACCACCUAGACCACAAACCUGGAUUGUUGCUCGAUUUUUUGUUUUCAACCUAUAUGUUGUGUGGAGAUACAACUUAUAUCUGCAUAGCUAAAGGUAAAGUGAAAAUAUGACCAUUAUAUAUUUAGUUUGCUAAGUAGUUUUUGGAAAAUAUGGGUAAAUUAGCUUUAAAAAACUUUGGCAUCUGACUUUUCCACCAUUUCUAUCUGUAUCAAUUGAAUCAAUUAGAUAAUGUUUAAAAUUCCAUUUUCCCCCCAUUAUGCAGACAUAUAUGCUUUAAAUGCUUUUCUGUGGGUGACAGUUGAACAAUUGCUAACUGAUAUUAUGUGGAAGUUAUAGGUUAAAUUAGAACAAGAAAUUUUAAUCUAAUCUGGUCAAGCUCCUCAGGUCCACUCCUGUGUGAAUAUGGACUUCAAACCUGAAUCUGAAAAGCUGCUUUUCUGGGCCAUCUUUUGCUGAAACUAAUGAUGGUGGUCUGUAGAUAUUUUAGUUCACAUGAGAACGACUUGACCUAUCUAUAGAGGGGUAUUUAAUAAUUGGAUUGAACAUAAAUCUGAUUCUGAUUUGGUUUUUGAUUUAUUUGAUAACAUUUGAGAAACAGCUUGAUGGCUUGACACCAAUAUUUAUUAAUGUCACCAACCUAAUAAUACAAUUGGUGUUGGGUAGGAAUGCUGAGCUAAGAAUUAGAAUUUAAUUAACUUUAAUUGGGGCAAUAUCUUAUCAAGGUGGUCCUAUCUGUUUGAGACAGGGACACUUGUGAUUUCACUGAGUUGUUUUUAUAGAGAGAUUAACAACAGUAACGAUGACAACAAGAACAACAACAGAAAAAGCUGAUUUUUGAACGUGACUAUAUCUGACAGAAUAAAACAGAUAUCAGAAUUCAUGGAAACUUUGUUUUGCUUUUCUAUCAAUAAAAGAGUUUUCUUGUUAAA